UCUGACCGCUCCUCCCUUGUCAGGCGGCACUUCCGUGUUUACACACCCACCAACAAAAAAAAAACAAGACUCUAGCGGCCGUUGGCCGAAUGUUUACCGAGCAGUGAGCGGUGGGGAGGAAAGUGACAGUCGCACACUGGAGGCUUCGUGUAUGGUGAAACACAGGUGAUUUCGGCUUCCACGGUUGCGUAUUACAGCGGUAUGUUCACUCGAAGGGGGCAUGGAGACGUCAAGAAAUCUACACAGAAAGUUCUGGACCCAAAGAAGGAUGUACUGACCCGGCUCAAGCACCUCCGGUCGCUGUUAGAUAUCAUUGACAAGAGCGAAUUGAAGGCGUUCUUCGAAAGCAACUGUUCUCAGAUUUAUUUUAUCUUCUACGAAAAUUUCAUCACACUGGAAAGCAACUUAAAACUAAAAGGGAACAAAUCUCAAAGGGAGGAGCUGGACUCUAUCCUCUUUAUUUUUGAAAAAAUUCUUCAACAUCUACCUGAGAAAAUCUACAACCGAUGGCAGUUUCACAGUAUAGGUUCCAUAUUGAAAAAACUUUUGCACACUGGAAAUUCAUUCAAGAUCCGAUGUGAAGGCAUCCGUCUCUUCCUGCUGUGGCUGCAGGCCCUGAGGGACAACUGUGCCGAGGAGCAGUUCCUUAUCUUUGCCUGUCUAGUGCCGGGAUUCCCUGCUGUGCCCUCCUCCAGAGGGCCCUGCACCCUCGACACCAUCAUCUACAACCCCUUCUCCAACCCCGCAGAUGCUAAGGUGGUUCCUGAGGAGAUCACCCCGCUGGUUGCAGCAGUGGUCGGAGAAAAGAUUACAGAUGAUCCGACCUGUUACAUCCUAGAAACGCUGCUCAAGUACAUGGUCAUCCAGGCAUCCAGCUUAGAAUGGCGCAACAAAGAGAACCAGGACACCGGCUUUAGGUUUCUCUUCAGCCUGUUCAAGAAGUACUACCUUCCACACCUCUUCCCCGCCUUCACCAAGCUUACGAAUCUCUACAUGCCCUUAUUAGACCUCCCCCACCACAGACCAAAACCCUUGUAUGUGGCAGUGACGCGAAACAAUGAGAGCACCUUCUGCACCAGGGACCAGUACCUGGCGCCCCGCGUGGCCUUCAUCACCUGGCUGGUCACCUUCUUCCUGGAGAAGAAGUAUGUCAGCAGCGCUGCUUCGGCGCAGAGCGCCAAGAACGGCACCGAAGUCAUUCCCAAACUCAUCCAGACUGUCACUGCAGGCAGUAGCAGCCAGGAGAAGGAUAAGACAUCGGAUGGGGAUACGAUUGGGCCAGCAGGGGAGCCGGAGAAGAGCCACUCAAACAGCAGCACUCUGUCAGACCGUCGGCACAGCGAUUCCAGUUUGUGUAGCAUUGAGGAGGAGCACCGCCACGUCUACGACAUGGUGCACAACAUCCUGCUGUCCACCAGAGACAAUGUGAAUUUUGUCAACGAGGUCUUCCACCAGGCCUUCCUGCUGCCGUCGUGCGAGGCUUCAGCAACCAGGAAGGUGAUCCAAGUGUACAGGAAGUGGAUCCUGUUGGAGAAGCCCAGCUUUAUGAUGGAGCCUGAGAAAUCCACCCAGGAAGAUGAGGUCGACCGUGCCGAACCGACACUCAGCCCAGAGGUUAACAGCAUGCAGAUGGCGGAAACUCCCGGCCACAAGCGUUCGUCCAGCUGGGGGAGGACUUACUCCUUCAGCAGCGCCAUCAGUCGGGGGUUUCUCACCGAGGGGCAGAACAGGGAUGUCAAGGCUGGUAUCCAGCCCACACUACAGGUGUUCCUGACCAACUCGUCCAACGUUUUCCUGCUGGAGCCCUGCCAAGAUGUAGCUAAACUCCUGGAUAACCAGGUGGAGGUGUGCAAGGGCAUUCUCAGCAUCUACAGGCACAUGAUCAUGGAGCACACCAUGAACACACAGACCUGGGAGCAGAUGCUGCAGGUGCUGCUGAGGAUCACAGAGGCGGUGAUGAAGAGACCACAGGAAAACCAAAGAAAAGACCGCUUCGCUGAAAGCUUAGCGUCUAUACUUUUCAGGACCAUCAUCGUGGCGUGGGUGCGAGCCAACCUGUGCGUGUUUAUCUCCCGGGAGUUAUGGGACGAGCUGCUGGCAGUGCUGUCCUCUCUCACCUGCUGGGAGGAGCUGGUGACGGAGUGGGCCAGCAUCAUGGACUCGCUGACGGCUGUGCUGGCACGCUCCGUUUACGGUCUGGACAUGGCCAACCUGCCUCUGGACAAACUCAGCGAACAGAAGGAGAAGAAGCAGAGAGGACGUGGUGUGAUCCAGGACUCCCAGAAGGCAGCGGCGGUGGCGCGUUCCUUCUCACUGAGUUGGAGGAACCAGGGGGAGACGGGCGGGCAAGGAGUUCAGGAGCCCAUGAGGAUUCGCUCCGCCACUACGUCAGGAGCUCCUGGUGUAGAGAAAGCCCGCAACAACGUCCGCCAGAAGGCCUCCGCAAAGCGCAGCCAGUCCAUCAGCAACUGUGUUCAUCUGUACGAGGCUUUGCCCAACGCUAAAAGCGUCCCUAUGCUGCUCCACACUGUGAGCUCUUUCUUGCCCGGUAUCUCUUCUGGUAACUCUGCUUGCUCUCACAGACUCUCAGAUGUGGAGGAGUGCCAGCUGUCAGAAUGUGGGGGGGAGGAGGAGCUGGUAGGCGGGGAAAGCCCCCUGCCACGUAGCAGCAGCACCUCCGACAUCACCCAACAGCUGUCGGACGCUUUACCAGCCCAGAAGAGAGAGCCCUCCCCCACUUCCUGCGGCUCUGAUAGCAGGACCUCUGAGGGGAGGAGAGAGAGCAGCGAGCCACCAGUGAUUCACAUCCGGCGCAGCAGCAGUCCCACUGAAACGGAGUGCAGCGCCGAGGGACACACAAACGACCCAAGACCCAGGCUCAGAGAGAAAAGUGAGAGCAUAAGCAGCGAGACAUCCAACGGCUACCUCAAUGAAGCCGAGGUCACCUGGCCGGCCUUCGAUGAGGAGGCUGACACUCAGUCGACGCAGUCGGCCCACAUGGACGUGACUACUGACCCCCAGAGCCACGGCAGCCUGCUGCUCAGCCACAACGAGGCUCUAGCAGGUCCCGAGUGUGCCUUCCCUCCCCACUCUGCACUCCCGUCUUACCACUACCACUACGCCCAGAACCCGCCCACCUCACCAGCCCUGCUGGUGCACACAGAGUGCCCGCAGGGGGGCCACCCGGACGACAACAUGCAUCCGUCUGUCUUACACAUGCCACAGCACUUGGACAGCAGUGAGUGUCUGGCUGAUGACGUCAGCAUAAUUGCGGGCGGGACCUUGACUGGUUGGCAUGCUGACUCGGCCUUCGUCCUGUGGAGGAGGAUUUUGGGUAUCAUGGGAGACGUCAACAGUAUUCGCUGUCCAAAAAUCCACGCCAAGGUCUUCUCCUGUCUUUAUGAACUCUGGCACAAGCUGGCCAAGAUCCGGGACAAUCUCGGGAUCAGUGUGGACAACCUGUCUUCUCCUCCCCAGCCAGCCUUCAUCCCUCCUCUUCGGAUGCUGGCCUCCUGGCUCUUUAGGGCCACCAUGCUGCCUGCAGAGUACAAGGCCGGCAGGCUGCAGGCCUACAAGCUGAUCUGUGAGAUGAUGACCAGGCACCAGGACGUGUUCCCCAACAGUGACUUCCUGGUGCACCUCUACCACGUCAUGCACAAGGGCAUCACCAGCGGCGACCAGGAUGUUUUAAGCACCAUCAUCCGUUCCUGCUCCCCCCGUUUCUUCUUCCUUGGCCUGCCGGGCUUCACCAUGCUGGUUGGAGACUUCAUCAGUGCUGCUGCCUGCGUCCUCCGCUCCGACUCCUCGGAGGCUCCGAGGAUGGAGGCUCAGACCAUCCUGGGGUCCCUCGUGUGUUUCCCAAACCUUUACCGACAGAUCCCUGUGCUGCAGCGUGUGCCUGGCUCUGAUGACAUCACCAUAAGCGAUGAGAAUAUCAAGGAUUAUCUGGUCGACAACUUGCUAGCGACGGCAAGAAAGGAGCACUGUGAAGGAGCCAGAUGCAUUGCUGUGUGCAGUCUGGGUUUGUGGGUGUGUGAGGAGCUGAUGCAGAACAACAUCCACGAGCAGGUCAAAGACGCCAUCAAUGUUCUGGGAGUAACACUAAAGUUUGGGAAUAAAGCAGUGGCUCAAGUGGCCUGUGACGUGUUCCAGCUGCUCAUCUCUCACUGGGAACAUCUCCAGAGGCUGGAGCCCACUCUGCCUAAGAAAAUCAUUGAGAUCUUUGUGGCCACAAUAGCCUUUUUGUUGCCGAGCGCCGAGCACUCAACGGUGGAAGCAGACAAAAAGUUGAUGGUGUCGCUGCUGCUCUGCCUGUUGGACUGGUGCAUGGCCGUUCCCCUGAGUCUGCUGCUGGAACCCAUCGCCAUGCCUUCGCCGGAGGACCGCGCCUCCCACAAUGCCCCGCUGCUGGACUACAUCUACAGGGUGCUGCACUGUUGUGUGUCCGGCUCCAACCUGCACACCCAACAGAGCCACUACCUCCUCAGCCUGUCGGACUUGUCCACUGACUAUAACGUCAUGCUGGGUCAAGUUAAGAGUGGCGAGCCGCCGCCCUCCCAGAACAGCACCUCCGACUUUGGCAACCUGCUCACCGUAGCUGAGGAAAAGCAACGUCGGAACACGGAGCUGAUUCCGCUGACCGCACGGAUGGUCAUGACUCACCUGGUGAACCAUCUGGGCCACCAUCCGCUGAGCGGCGGCCCCGCCCUCCUCCACAGCCUCGUGAGCGAGAACCACGACAACCCGUACGUGGAGUCGUCCGAGCUGUCCUCCGAGGUCUUCAAAAGCCCCAACCUGCAGCUGUUUGUCUUCAACGACAGCACGCUGGUGUCCUACCUGCAGAUCCCGGCCGAGACGCCCGCCGUCGGACAGCCCCCCCAACCCUCCUCUCAAGUGCGCGUCAUCGUCAGGGACAUCUCGGGCAAAUACUCAUGGGACGGCGCGAUCCUCUAUUGCACCACGGAGGAAGACUCUGUGGAUGCGGGCGUGUUUAGUGCGGUUGAUCGCCCUCUUCCUACUAGCAAUGCUGCCUCUCGCUGUAGAACCCAGCCCAACUCUCCAACAAAGGGGCCGUGCAAAACCAGCUCCUCUGUCUCCGACUCGGCCUUUGACUGCAGUGAGGAGGAGGAGGAGGAGGUAGAUGUUCUUGAUAUGCUUCUGGAGAACUUGGGCCACAGCAGCCCAGAAUGCCUGCCCCAGCCGCAGCUCAGGCUCAACCAGCCCGCCGCCUCGCCCCACGGCAUGAACCUCGAGCAGGAGAGCGCCAUCCUGGAGGCCAUCCUGUGUCAGACGCAGCAGGAGGAAGAGCAAGUGAGGAGGUGGGAGGCCGAUGUCAGCUUUCGGGCCGCCUGCCAUCGGGAACCUUCCCACCAGGAACCGAAGGCUCCUUUCUACUUCUGCCGGCUGCUGCUUAAUGACCUCGGCAUGAACUCUUGGGAUCGCAGGAAAAGUUUCCAUUUGUUGAAGAAAAACUCCAAAGUCCUAAGGGAACUGAAGAACUUGGAUUCCAGGCAGUGCCGAGAGACACACAAGAUUGCUGUGUUCUACAUCGGAGAGGGCCAAGAGGACAAGUGCUCCAUCUUGUCUAACAGCGCGGGCAGCCAGGCCUACGAGGACUUUGUGUCUGGGCUGGGAUGGGAGGUGGACCUGGCUACACACUGUGGCUUCAUGGGGGGCCUCCAGAGGAACGGCAGCACGGGUCUGACCGCUCCGUACUAUGCUACCUCCACGGUGGAAACCAUCUUCCACGUCUCCACCCGCAUGCCGUCCGAUUCUAAUGACUGCCUCACCAAAAAGCUGCGUCACCUGGGAAAUGACGAGGUGCACAUAGUGUGGUCGGAGCACACCAGGGACUACCGACGUGGCAUCAUCCCAACUGAUUUUGGAGACGUGCUGAUUAUCAUCUACCUAAUGAAGAACCACAUGUAUUUCAUCCAGAUCAUUAAGAAACCACAGGUUCCUUUUUUCGGGCCGCUGUUCAGCGGCGCCAUCGUCACUGCGACGCUGCUGCCGAGCUUGGUGCGGGCCACCUGUAUCAAUGCCAGCAGAGCUGUCAAGUCCCGGCUGACUCUCUACCAGAGCUUCUAUGAGGAGCGGGCGCUCUACCUGGAGGCCAUUGUUCAGAACCACAGAGAGGUCAUGACCUUUGAAGACUUUGCCUCGCAGGUCUUCUCUCCCUCUCCCGGCUAUCCGAUGAGUGGGACAGCGUGCAGGCGUUGGCCGGGGAUGGUUUGGGACACGGAGUACCCCUGGGCCAAACUGGACUGCUCCUUCACCGGCAGCGCCAGCACCGAGUCCGGAAGCGCGGCGGCCGCGGCGGACUCCGUGGACCAGGUUUCCCCCACGAUGCCCCGCGCCACAAAGAACCGUGUCUCCGGGAAGCUGCGCCGGUCAGCCAGCGCUAUAAGCAAGUCCUCCAACUGAGCUCUUCACCCCCCCCCCCCCCCCUCAACUUGUGCAGCCUUUAAUCUUCUCUCAAAGACCUCAAACGCCCGGCGGCGACUGCACACUCGUGUCUUUUUUGGGCGAGUCCUUGUUUUUACUCUGUGUCAUAUAAACAUGUAACUGGAGCAUAUUGCAAUUUUUUAAUUUAAGUGGCGAGUUUUGAUUUCGUUCAUGCAUUUCCCAUUCUUUGUGGUGUUUGGCUGCUCGAUCGAGACGCCACGAAGGUAUUUAUGUUCACCCCGGUGGUCGGCAGCAUAGGAAGACCGUUUCAAUGCGAGGAUGUUGUUUUUAUUCUCACUGUCUCGUGCGGUCUCGACGCACUACAGAGUGGCACUGAAUGAUACAGAUGUAAAUGGCACCAUGCUGAAGCUGCACCAGGGAUUGGUAACCGUCUGUGAAUGCGUUUGCCUUUUUUACACCUCCUCCUGCACCCGCCACGACCUUCCCCGUGUCAAGAAGAACCACUUCAGUGGGUGACGGGCACCAGUUUGGACUUUGUCUCCCUACACUGAAAAGGAGAAGACACUGAUGCAAGUGGAACACCCCCCUAGAAUGAUUCCCACUCGCUGCACUACUACGGUCCCUGCAGGACGAGCAGUCGGAGGCGUCUUAAUUGUUUCCAGCCCAGAGUGGACAAUCGAUGACGUCUUUCUAACUUGAGCUGAAAAGAAAUUCGUUUUGGUUGUUUGUUGUUUGUUUCUUUUUAUCGCUCUUGAUUUUCAUUUUUAAAUGAAUUCCGAUGGAUCGCGUCAGGAUUUGAUUUAUGCAACUGCGCUGGAAUGAGAAGAGACUGCGGUUGUAAUUGUUUUCUGAUGACGUUAACUUAGGCUCAUGUCCGGUAAUUGGAUGAGUUCCUCCUGUCUCUUUCCUCCCAUAUCAGUUUCCCUGUCCUGUGAAGCUAAAGACAUCGACAUUCCAACGUUCCCGACCAACGUUUUUGCACUUGCCCUCAUUGAUUUAACUAGGAUUGAAUGUUUCUCUUGUUCUUGGAUUUAAAUUGCUUUAAAAUUGUAUUUUGUCUGUUGCUGGAUGUAUAUAGAACUGUCUGAUGAAUAUUUUUUUCUGUUUUGUUGUACUAUGUAAUAUUGUGCUUUUUAGAGGAACAAUACCGCCAGAGCCUCAGGUGAAUCUUACCUCCAUGCACUGGUGUGUGUGUGUGUGUGUGUGUGUCUGUGUGCGCGUGCGUGUGUGUGUGCGUGUGAGGUGUGAGAGAGUUUCUGAAAGAGCUUCUCACGGUGCCUGUGUAUUGUCUGUCAUGUAAGAUGCUGUCCAACGCCACUUCUCCUCCCCAUAAUCAGAUUUUAGUUGCCCCUCUGCGUGGUCUGAGACUAACCAUGGACACCUUGCGUCACAUCUCGCCGUUAGCAGCGCUAACUCAAAGCUCUUUUUUAUUUCUUUUUUUAUCCUCCGUGUGUCUAAAGGCCAGUGUCUUGUGCUUCCUACAACAAAAACAGCAGCAGAUGGAUUUUGAAUUGGGGUUCUCCAUUUAGACUUUAUUACAGGUGGUGCGCUGCUCCGUUCUUUAUAUUUGAAUGGAUCAAGUGGCACCACCUCCUCCUCCUCCUCUUUCCCAUGAUCCUCUCCUCCUGUCGCCUCCUGGGGCUAAAGGAGGGGCGGCUGUUCUGGGUUUAGGUGGCAUGCCAGAGCUGAACUCUUAACAGCCCUCCUAGCAACGGCCGGGCCGACGCACUCACUUCUCCAACCGGCCCGCUCAGGUUGUCAUGGUAGCCAGGUGUCUCCACCCCCCCCCCCCCCCCCACACACACACACACACACACACACACACACACACCCUCUGAGGACUCCACCCGAGCUGCAACACUGUCCCCAUCUGUUGCACGAUGCCUUACUUUCCCCCCAUGCUCUCCUCUCUCUCUCCUCACAUGUCGCCUCCUUUUGUUUGUUUAGUCCUCAAACAGAAAAUGACGAAGGAGGACAAAUCCAUUUUUUUAUUUGCUUUAUCUUUUUUGAAGAAUGUACAGAUUUUUAUUUCCCCCCCAAAGCCACUUGAAGGAAGCGCCCAGGAUGGUGAUUUUAAAGAUUGUAGGUUAUGAUGUAUGUUAAAAGGGGUCUGUGCUCCCCCUUUGGGGGCUUAGUCGCUGGAGAUGUUAGUUUGGACCAAGAUGAUUGUGUGUCUUAAAUGCGUGGCGAUAACGAGCUAGUGUUAGGCCUAGUGUGUGUUUUUCUUCUCCUUUCAGAAAUCCUUGUACAUUGUGUCAAAUUUGAGGGCGUGUGCGCCUUCCUAAUAUAAAUAUAUGAAUGCCUGUAAUAUAAUCUUUGUAUAAGAGGAAAAAAAGCUUGAAGAUUUCAUCAUUACUUGUCAACAUAUCAAACUGUUUUUAACGACCGAAGCCCUGCUAUCUUUAUUAGAAAUGUGAAAAAUUUCAUUAAAUCAAUUUGAAAUUCUAA